AAUAGGGCUAAGCGAUAAAAUGGAGGUGAAUAGUUAGUAGAGAAGGUAGAGAAGAGGUAAACUAUCUCUUUUGCGAAACCGGUUCUUCUCACUUAACCCUUCCCUUCUAGGCUUUCUCGUACUCAUGUUAUUAAUAUGCUCGAGUUAGUCUAUGAUACAUUAACUAUCGUCUUUUCACGAAACCUUGUACGAAUCUGGGGCAGAGAUUCUACAGGUAAAAAGGCAAAACCUCGUGACAAAGAGGGUAUAGUGAAGGAUGGCAUCAGCAAAAUUGCUUAAUUCGUUAGUUCGCUGACGGCCCAUGCCGGUUGCAUUCCCGCUACCCACCGCCGAUAACGUAGCACUGUAGUGUGUAAACACAUAGCCUAUUAGUAACGUCACCUUGGGCUGAAGAAGGAGCUGAACCCAAAUAUAGCAAUCACAUAUAAAGACUGCCUGUGUUCCUAGGUAAAAUAUAUGCAUUAGGUAUACUUACCUAUAUAUACCUAUAUAUCUUCACGAUUCCCAAGGUUGACGGUGGUUGAUCAUUUCCUUACUGCAACAAUCGUCUCUUUUAUUUCCACUUUUUUAAUUGUUUAUUUUUUUUGUUAAGCAAAGCCUAGUGCUUAAUUCGUCGAGAAAAAAUGCGUUUAGGUUUUGCGGCAGCCUUUGCGCUGUUCGCCAACACGGCUGUAACAUGUGCGGUUCUACCGAGGCAGAAUAGCGGCCGCCAGGUCUUCGCCCACUACAUGGUGGGCUUGACGAACCAGCAGUCCCGGGACCAAUGGCAGAAGGACAUCACGGAGGCCAAGUCGGCAGGCAUCGACGGUUUUGCCUUGAACAUCGGCUCGCAAGACACGUGGAACGCCGAACAGCUCCAGCUGGCUUACGAUACCGCCGCCGCCAACGGCUUCAGCGUGUUCCUGUCUUUCGACAUGGCUGCUAGCUCCUGGAGCCCCGACCAGGUGAUUGGGCUCGUCAACCAGUACAAGGAUGCGGGAAGCCAGCUCAAGGUCAACGGCAAACCGUUCGUCUCGACCUUCGAAGGUCCCGGCUGGGCUGAUAACUGGGCUUCAGUGCGUUCUGCUACCGGAGACAUCUUCUUGGUUCCGGACUGGUCUUCGCUCGGUGCUCAGGGUGUCGGAAGCAAGCUCGGCCAGAUCGAUGGUGCUUUCAACUGGGGCGCGUGGCCUAACGCGAACGAAUACUCAAUCAACACCGGCAACGACCAAGCCUACAAGUCCUCUCUUCAGGGCAAGGCGUACAUGAUGGGUGUCAGCCCAUACUUCUACACUGACCUUCCUCAGUACAACAAGAACUGGUACUCAUCCAGCGACUCCCUUUGGUACGACCGCUGGGCGCAGGUUCUGGAGAUCCAGCCCGAAUACAUUGAGAUUAUCACUUGGAACGACUACGGCGAGUCCAGCUACAUCAACGCCCCUGUUCCGGCUCAGAUUGUUAGCGGUUCCGAGGCCUACAUCAACGGUUUCGACCACUCUGCUUUCCGCUUCGUAUUGCCCUACUUCAUCAGCGCCUACAAGGCCGGUAACCCCGAUGUUGCCGUCCCUGCUGAAGGAGCCGUCGCUUGGUACCGAACCACUCCCGCAACCGUCUGCGCUGAUGGCGGCACUGUCUGGGGCCAGGGCGGAAGCGCUUCGGCUGCGGGCGGAACUCAGGACCUUGUUUCGGUCAUUGCGCUAUCCAACUCCCCCAAGGACAUCACCGUUUCCAUCGGCGGCGCAAGCCAAACCGUAAGCCCAUCGCGUUCGGUCGGCAAGGCUUACUUUUACCAAGUCCCCUUCGACGGAAAGACCGGCGCCGUCAGCGUCACCAUCGACGGCAAGUCGACCACUGGUCCCGAGAUCACCAACAACUGCCCUGCUACAGGUCAUGUAAGUCCCUUCUGCCUAUACCAAGUCUUCCCCGAACAAGCUUAACUAACAAGCCGUCAGGUCAACUUCAACUCCGUCGCAAUCCAGGUAUAAACAUUUGGUUUAUAAGAAGGCGUGGGGAGGCGAGUUUGCUAUAUUUAUCCUGCAUGGCAUUGCG